AUGGUUCUGGAUAUGCUUGGUGCCGACGAUGACUACGAGGCGCAGCGCGCUGCCAACAUCAAGGCGAACCUGGAGCUGAUGAUGUCGCUUGGCCUAUACCAGACGUCGAAGCAGCUGAACCCCACCACUCCCAAGCCUAAAUCCAAGCCUAAGCCCAAGCCUACCCCCUCCUCCGAGGCUGAUUCGUCAAACGGAGAGGAGAAGCGGGAACGGCCUCGACGUAUUACUCGCUCCGUGUCGCGUGCCGAGUCGCCACAGGUGCCGCGAUGGGGGAUGAAGCGCGCUGAAUCGGACCAGGGCAUAUUUGCACGCAAGCGUCGCCUUGCCGACGACUACGAUCCCGACACCUUCGAUGUCGAGUCGGACGACGAGUACGCACCCAAACGACGCAGCACCCUCAAUCCGGCACGCCACCACCGCGAUGAAGGCGAGCUGCAGCGUCGGGCGGAUCGCCUAGGUGUGCGCAUCCACGACCCGAAAACCUUUGGCGCCAUCCCGGGCAUCCCCGUCGGAACGCUGUGGGAGAAGCGCAUGGACUGUUCCACCGACGCGGUCCACGCUCCCACCGUUGCAGGCAUCAGCGGCAACGAAGUCGAGGGUUGUUGGUCGAUCUGUCUAUCCGGCGGGUACGAAGACGAUGUAGACCUGGGGGAUACGUUCACUUACACCGGCUCCGGGGGCCGAGAUCUCAAAGGCACCGUGAACAAUCCGAAGAACCUGCGUACGGCACCGCAGAGCUCGGAUCAAAAGUGGGAGGGCAAGAAUGCGGCGCUGCGCAAGAGCGCUCAGACGGGCAGGCCGGUUAGGGUGGUGCGCGGAUACAAGGCGAUGAACAAGUACGCACCCGCGGAGGGCUACGUGUACAGCGGGCUGUACAGGGCGACGCAUGCGUGGAUGGAAACGGGCAAGGCCGGAUUCAAGGUCUGCAAGUUCCGCUUCCAGAGGCUGCCGAAUCAAGACCCCCUGCCCACCUUUGACCAGCAACAAGAAGGCGUCGAGUCGGCGCUGACAUCGCCCGAGCCAUCACCAUCGCCUGAGCCCGAGGCCGAGGCCGAAGCAUCGCCUGCUCCUUCGUGCGCAUCGGUGGGGUCGGUGGGGUCGAUAGGAUCGGCAGCAAGUCGAUCGCGCAACCCGCUGCUGAGCACUCCCGAGUUCGACCGUGCCCAGUACAUCAUCAUCUCCGACUCGGAAGACGACGAGGACGAGGACGACGAAAUCGAGGUGGUGCUCGAACUCACGGUCCCGCGCAACAGAGCGAAAGAACACAUCUCGCCGCGCAAGAGGAGGAGUUCGCGUCUCCCGCCCAUGCGCAAGAAGUAUACCCGCUAA